AUGUCUUCCGUGAAGCGGAGGAAGACCGAUGAAAAUCCAUCUUUGGAGGGUGUGAAAUCGAAGAAGACAAAAGAGUCGAAAAAAGGCUCCCCCACACCUUCCCCAGAGCCAAUUGAGGGUACUGAAGAUAACAGAGUUAUCGAAGAGACUGAGGAAGUUGAGGAAGUUGAGGCUCCAAAGUCUUUUAAAGAUUUGGGCAUCGUCGACUCAUUAUGCGAAGCAUGCGACACUUUAGGAUACAAGGCCCCAACUCCCAUUCAAAGGGAAUCUAUACCACUCGCGCUUCAAGGCAGAGAUUUGAUCGGUCUGGCAGAGACCGGUAGUGGAAAAACUGCUGCAUUUGCUUUACCAAUUCUUCAAGCUCUACUCGAUAAACCACAACCUCUCUUCGGAUUAGUAUUAGCACCGACUCGCGAACUUGCAUAUCAAAUUUCUCAACAAUUCGAGGCUCUUGGGUCUGUUAUAAGAGUAAAAUGUGCUGUCAUAGUUGGAGGAAUGGACAUGGUACCGCAAUCAAUUGCUUUGGGUAAAAAACCUCACAUUAUCGUUGCCACUCCUGGUCGUCUCCUAGACCAUCUAGAAAAUACAAAAGGCUUUUCAUUACGGUCGCUCAAGUAUUUGGUUAUGGACGAGGCCGAUCGACUACUUGACCUAGAUUUCGGACCCAUUCUCGACAAAAUCCUGAAAGUCUUACCCCGAGAGCGACGAACAUAUCUCUUUUCCGCGACUAUCAGUUCUAAAGUCGAAAGUCUUCAACGAGCAAGUUUGAAGGACCCAUUACGAGUAAGCAUCAGCAGCAACAAAUAUCAGACUGUCUCGACUCUUAUUCAAAACUACAUUUUCAUACCAUUAGUUCACAAGGAUACAUACUUAAUCUAUCUUUUGAACGAGUUUGCAGGUCAAUCCGCCAUCAUUUUUACACGGACAGUCAACGAGACGCAGCGAAUAGCAAUUUUGUUACGAACGCUUGGAUUCGGAGCCAUUCCACUGCAUGGACAACUUUCACAAUCUUCUCGCUUAGGUGCUUUGAAUAAGUUUCGUGCAGGUUCAAGAGAAAUCCUUGUUGCAACGGAUGUCGCUGCUCGUGGUUUGGAUAUCCCCUCGGUUGAUGUAGUGUUGAACUACGACAUUUCACAGGACAGUAAAACAUACAUUCAUAGAGUUGGACGUACUGCUCGUGCAGGAAAAUCCGGACACGCAAUUAGUUUUGUGACUCAGUAUGAUUUGGAGAUUUGGUUGCGUAUCGAGGCAGCAUUAGGAAAGAAGCAGGAGGAAUACCCGACGGUGAAGGAUGAAGUUAUGGUCUUCAAACCUAGGGUAGAAGAAGCUCAAAGACAUGCUAGGAAUGAGAUGAAGAAUUUGCACGAGGAUAGAGGUAAGAAGGGCGCAGUAUUGAAAGGAAGAAGACCUGCCAACGGUGCUAAAAGAGGUCGUGAUGAAAUGGAUAGAGAAGAAGGCUAG